AUGGAGUGGCAGAAGCGUGGGGGGACAGGAGAAGGUGGGGUGUCAGAAGCGAGUGGGGAUGAUGAUGGUGGAGACAGGAACGCUAUACCUUGGGGAAGAAAACUCAUACAGCACUGGCCAUCAGUCACAAUUAAUCACUUAGUUAACUGGACAUCUCAGACCAGAAAUGAUUUGAAUUUGAACACACCAAUAAUGAAGCAAGAAAUUCAUCAGUAUAUUUGUGUACACAGAAAUGAAGUUGUUGGUGAAGUGGUGCAGGUAGGGCCAGAGGUGACAAAAUUCAAAGUGGGGGACACAGUUGGAGUUGGAUUGCUAGUUGGAAGUUGCAAGAAGUGCAGGCCUUGCAAGCAAGACAUAGAGCAAUACUGUGGCAAGAAAAUAUGGAACUACAAUGAUGCCUACACUGAUGGCAAGCCCACCCAGGGUGGUUUUGCUAAUUUCAUGGUGGUUGAGCAAAAGUAA